CUAACUGAUUCUAAAAUGCACCCAAACUGUUGGUUUAAAUGCCUCAAUGAGUAUAGAAGGGAGUUGUAGGAAAAAUGGUUAAGUAGAAGAAAUCAAUGGAGGGUGGUAGUAAUGAUGAAAGAGCUGACUGGAAAGACCCUAAGGAACUAGAGGCUUUUUGUCGGUUUUGUGCUGUUCAAGUCAUGGCGGGCCAAAGGAAGCCUACUGGAUUUUUGUCCAAAAUUGGCCAAAGUGAAGUGAUUCGGCAGUUGGGUGAGAUUGAAAAAGUAGUGACUUGGCUGCAGAUUAAAAACAAAUGGGAUCAUUUGAGAAAAAGGUGGAAGAUUUAUAACAAGUGUUUGGAGAAUGAGACUGGGUUGGGUUAUGAUCCUGUAACUGGGAUGUUUGACGCACCUGAUGAGUGGUGGAAUCGAAAGAUUGCGGCAUGUCCCGAUGCAAAAACCUUGAAAACGAAUGGUUUGCCUAAUCGUGACCUUCUGAACAUCAUGUUUGGAGGCACAGCUGCAACGGGAAAAAAUGCAUUCUGCACGAGUGGUCCAAUAACAACGAAAACCAACGAAGGGUCUGGGGACUCCGGUAAUAGCAUAGAAUUUGUUGACCCCCAAUGUGAACCCGUUGUGAAUGUUGACGCAAUGGAGAUUGAAGGUCCAUCAUCGUCGAGGGUAGGACCAGCAAUGAAUAAGGGGAAAGGCCUAGCAACCAGUGUCCACAUCUUCAAGCCAAUUUCCAAGAAACCAAAAAAAAGGCGUUCAACCGCGCAAGAGAUGUCGGACUCUUUGAAGAGUAUCUCAAAUGUUAUUGUUGAAAGAUCUAGUCUAAGUGCCCGUACACCAUCUGCUCCCACAGCAACGGCUCAGGUUAAAGAAAUUCUGGACAUGGUGUUGAGUCUUCCUGGGGUGUACUCGGGUCAUUACCUUCAUUUGUUCAGCACUAUCUACUUCAUGGAAAAAGAGCCGGGUAGACACAUGUUUGCAGCACUUUCCGAUAACAAGGAUAUCCAGCUAAAGUGGCUAGAAAAAGAGUACCAAAGGCACCCUGAUUAUCAUUUUUCGUGA